UGUACGUCAACCGCGUCAAGAUGAACAAGUGGCGUCGCCAGCAGCAGCUGUCGGAUGACCUGGGUCGCCUGAAGGAGUACGCCAACGUCUUUUACGACGUGUACAGGGCCAGUGUCGAGGACCGGUCCCAUAUCGAGAGGAUGCUGAUGCUGGAAAAGGAAAUGCAGCAGAUCAUCGAGCCGCCAGGCGUCGAUGACAGGGUCAAGCGGGGAACGUCCACGGUGAUCCGGUUGUCAAUGAGCGUGACGUCCCUAUUCACACCCAGCAUCUACAGCAAUGCAUGGCUGGAAUACCUCAACAACAUGCUACGUCCGCACCGGCUCAUUCUCCAAGAUUAUAUCCUGCUAGAUGACAUCAGCCUCACCCAUACUAUGAGCAAACUCUUCGGUCGAUUCAGCAACGAUGACCUGCUGUACACACUGGGCUGGUGGUUUGCCCAACAGUUCUCGGUGAUUGCUUCACUCGACGGCAGUGUCGCGUCCUACGGCAGCUCAGCAGUGGCAGCGGCGAACCGACCCAGCGACUGCUAUGCCCUCACUGAGAGCCGCUUCCGGCGGCAGCUCUUCCUGGAGAGGGCGCAUGCAUCGCUGGGACGUGCGGGCAUGCGGCAGGUCGAAGUCAUUCUGAACAAGAUCCGCCACACUACGAUGACAUUGCUCAGCUCCAUCUCGUGGAUGGACGAGCAGACUCGCAAGGAAGCAGCCGCCAUUGUUGGGCGCGCGGAAUUCGAGGCAUGGAAACCCCACAUCGCAGACAACCGCGAUGGUGAGGACCGCCAAGAAAAGCUGGUGGAAAGGAGCGCACGUGAUGGAGAACGCACUGCACGGAAGGAGUCGGCUGUCAGCGGCAGCAAUGCGAGCGAUACCGAAAGCGUCGAAAACCGAAUGUCUGACGCACGUCCGGAAUCGCCUGCGCCGCGACGGCCACGAAUCGGUGAACGGGAGCAGGGGCGUACGUCCUCGUACGCGACGGUGGUUCAAGGCUGGAUCGACUCUGCGAUCAGAUACAAGUUACUUUCCCCCAACUGGCCCCUGGACGACUCCCUGCUGCAUCGACAUCUGUCGUACGCCACACUGGUCCAGUACGACCACUGGUGGAACUCCGCCUUCCUCCAGAUGGCGGCGUUCGCGGAGCCUCUCUUCUACCUGGACGGCCCGCCGUCCGCCAACUACGGAGGUCUCGGCGUCGUCCUUGCCAGGCACCUCUUCAAGGCCUACGACUACGCGCACGGCACGCAACUCGACGCGGACCGCAACGUGCGCCCCUGGAUGUCUCGCGCCAGUCUCGAGUCGUUCGAGAACAAGCUGGCCUGCGUCAACGACAGCAGCUGGAUGAUGGCGCACGUGGCCGCGAUUGAGAUCGCCUACGCGGCCGCCUUCGGGGCGGGGGGAGAGCGAGGAGGCCAGACUGCGGCGGAAGACGGCGAGCGGAAGAGCAACUGGCUUCCGGGUCUGCAGCGAAAGGCCGUCUCGCCGGAAAUGGUCUUCUUCCUAGUCUACUGUCGCUCCAGCUGCCGGUCCAGGCACGGUGACCGGCGCGGUCAAUCGAACCCGCACAAGCGGCGUUGCGGCGAAGUGCUGAAGCGCGUGGCCGCCUUCGGGCGAGCUUUCAAGUGCCGCCCCGACUCUCGGAUGAUGUCGUGGGGUCCGAAGUGCUCGUUCUUUGGUAACUGAAGAAGGAGACACAUGGGGAGAACAUUGCACCUACGCAGUCGACAACUGCUUCAGUGGCAAAUAGACGCGAUAGGUUCGCACGGUAAUACUUAUACGUACUUCAUGAUCCGUUACCACAGUUUUGAACGCUAUCUUAAAGGUUGAGUGCCAUCCCGCGGCUUUUACUUGUGAUGCUAUAUUCUUUCUUUUUUUUUCUAUCGAAUUAGAUGACGUGCUCUCCGUUGCACGUUUCGUCUGUGUUGCGAUUAAAUCUAGCUGCUGCAAAGAAUUUGUUUUGCUUGCUUCCUUCUAGUGAGUAGUAGCACAUUUUCAAGGGCCACUGCUCUGGGACGGAUCUUUGUUUCAUUAACUCUAUCUAUUAUCCCUG